GUCGAGGAGCGUGGAACGUCACGAGAUGUCAGCGUGAGCAAUCUCGGCCGGGCACCUGCAGAGAAACGUAGCGGGCGGACCCGUCACCGCCGUGACUCGGCGGGCCGACAAUGCUCCUACGUCGUCCUCCGGACUGAGCUUCCUGGUACGUGAGUCAGGAUCGCCGGAACCGCCGGGCGGCCUCGGUGGCCUCGCGGCGAGGAUGAGCGCCAAGAUAUCGGCGGCCAGUCGCGACGGCGCGGCACAGUCAACGGCGAGCCAUCGCACCGCGAGAUCGUCGCCCGUCAAGAGGCCGCUGUCGCCGGAGGCCACUGGCAUUGCCGAGAGAUCGCCGAAGCGUGCAGCUGUUUCGGAGUUGAAAUCGUCCUCGAACGGAACUUCCGGCCGAUCGUCAUCUGAAGAAGUCAGCGAGAUGCCAGUUCUAACGAGAGUUUGUUCUCCUGCGACAUUGCCGAGGCUCAAGAGAUUCCGAUUUCGACCCAUCGAUGCGCCGACCGCAGGACCGUGCCACGACGUAAGCACCAUCGACGUGAACUCCAAUAAUCACCAUCACCAUCACCACCAUCAUCACCGCGGGCACAACCAGCACGAACAUCGGCCUCAAGACCGAAUUCCAUCGUCCUCCUCGAUGUCUACCCUGCUAUGCUGCGAGCCAGUAUCGGCUGGCCGGCCUCGGGCCAAUCUGAAGCUCGUGCUGAACCGCAGCCUGAGCGAGCCAGGACCGAGUCCCUGCGCCUUCCCGGUACCGCCGAACGCCCCGCCGAUCGCCGUUAGCAAUAACAACAGCAACUGCAAUUCCGCCGAACCGCCGUCGAUCGUGAUCAGCGAGGAGGCGAACGGCGACGACGAAAACGAUAACGUCCACCGCCGUGGCUUCCAUCAUCUCUACCACCACCACCACCAUCUACACCAUCAUCUUCACCACCUUCAUCAUCAUCAGCACCUGUCGGUGACCACGAAGCGCUGCAAACUGGAGACUGCCAGCCUGCCUACCAGCCCCUGCGCCGAGAACGGCCUUCAUCGCCAGCUAGUGCUAAGCAAGACCCGCGUCAUUACCGCCGACGACCUCGCCCAGCGUCUCGUGCAUCUCGUCGAGCGACCCUCCGCCGUUCCGCCCGUGAUUCUGGACUGCAGACCGUUUAUAUUGUACAACGUCAAUCACGUACGCGGUGCCAUCAAUGUCAACUGCUCGGAUCGCUUCAACCGGCGCAGACUCCAGCUGGGGAAGGCCACUCUCGCCGAUCUCGCAACCGCUCGCGAGGGCAAAGAACUGCUCAGGAAGAGACAGUUCAAGGAAGUCAUAGUGUAUGACGACUGCACCGACGACCUGGAGCACCUGCCCGCUCAGCACCCGCUGUUCCUGGUACUUGCUGCACUUGUGGACGACGAUCGGGAGCCGGCUGUGUUAAUCGGCGGACACCGGGAGUUUCACAGGCGGCACCGAGAGCUAUGCGAGGACACGCUCCUGCCGAACGGCGCCGCCGCCGCAGCCGCUGCCGCCGCCGCCGCCGCCGAUCCGUCGACGACGACGGUGAGCGGCUGCACGAGUCCUGGACCAGGUUGUCCCGUGCUGAGCAUCUCCGGCCCGCAGACUCCGCAGCCGGCCGACAUCGACAACCACCCGGCGUCCCGCGUGCUGCCGUUCCUGUACCUCGGUAACGGCAGGGACGCCGCCGAUCUGCAGCUACUGCGCGCCCUCGGCGCGACCCGGGUGCUGAACGUCACCUCGCAGCUGCCCGGCUACCACGAGGAGCGGGGUAUCACGUACAGGCAGAUACCCGCCUCGGAUUCCGGUCAUCAGAACCUCAAGCAGUACUUCGAGGAAGCGUUCGAUUUUAUCGAGGAAGCGCGGAAGGCCGGAAGCAGCGUGCUGGUGCACUGUCAAGCUGGCGUGUCGCGCAGCGCAACAAUCGCGAUCGCUUACAUAAUGCGGCACAAAGGCCUGUCGAUGGUGGAGGCGUACAAACUGGUGAAGAACGCGCGUCCGAUCAUCAGCCCGAACCUGAACUUCAUGGGUCAGCUGUUGGAGCUCGAGCAGGGCCUGCGAGCGUCCGGCGACGUCGCCAACUCCGCGCCGGAGGAGCCCACGACGUCGACGACGACGACGACGUCGACGGCAACGACGGCGACGACGACGGGCAGUUGUCACCAGUGCAGGUGGAGUCAUCAGCCUAACAGCGAAGAGGUAGUCACCUCCGGCUGCAGCGUCUGAG